UUCCGGCAAUGCCACCUCCUAGUGGUAGAGCUGUUUCACAUAUGUGGUCGUAUUUCACAAAAGAACCAACCGAGAAUCCAGAUAUUUUCUUAUGCACUUGUCAAAUUUGUGAAAGUCAAGGAGUAAAGCCCUUAGUUUCAUACAAUUUCGCCAGAGGUGGUGGUACGGGAUCUUUUAACAAACAUUUGGCAAAGAAGCAUGGAAUCACAAAAGAAACUCAUGCAACAAGCGGCAGCGGGACCAUAAGUGGAACUGGAAGCCGACAGACACAUGUCCAGUGCACUGGUCCAUCAGAUGACCAGUUCCUCCACAGAAGGAACAGAAUCUGUCACUUGGAAGAUCAACGCAAGCUUUCUUCUUCUUGUUAUUCUUAA